AUGGAAACAAACCCAACCAGAGACCUCCUUCAGGUAUUCGAGGACAAAGAAAACGGCCUGGAAUUUAUGAAGAACGUGUCCAUACCCCUCAAAGAUUCCUCGCUACCCAUCAGAGCCAACAUCUGCCUCCCACUACCUACACACACUCGGCGCCGGGUACCCCGCAUACCCUACGAGGCCUUCCACAAGGCCACCUUCGACGAGGCCAACCCCGAGCACACGUCCAAAUACUCGGCAUGGGAGACCCCUUAUCCCGUGGCCUGGACAGGGGCGAGCUACGCCGUCGUGCGUGCGGAUGAGCGCGGCCUCGGCCAGAGCCCGGGCUAUCUGGGCACCAUGAUCCAGGGCACGAGCGAGUGCUUCUCCGACGUGGUCGAGUGGUGCGCCGAGCAGCCGUGGUCGACGGGGCAAGGUCGGCAUGGCGGCAUCUAUUCGAAAAGAUUUAUUGAGAUCUGGGGGACCUUCCAAGAGGACGACUUGGCGGCCAAUCUUAGGGACCAGGCAAGGGAUAAUGAGGCGAACCGAUUCAGGGGUGACGAUUACUACAGAGGAUACACCCACGCAGGCUCGAAAUUCAAGUACCUGCGCUUCAUCGCGGGCCGCUACGACUUGCCCUUCUACUACCGAGACGAAGUUGAGGCCGAGAAAAGCUUCCUGGACGCCUUCCUCAAAGACCAGGACACGGUUGGCUGGAGUGUGCCCGAAAGCUAUUAUCUGAACGCUGAUCAGAGUCUAGCCAUGACCAAGUUACCGUCGGAACCGACAAAGCUGUCUUACAAGGCUCUUGGUAGGAUACAUCAACCAGAGCUGAUAUCAUUCACAACUCCGCCCUUCGAGGAGGAAACGGAGGUCACUGGCCACAUCGUCGCGCACCUGAAUUUCUCUAUAGCACCGGAAAACCCAGCAAACGAGUCAGACAUCGACCCGUCUUCUACACCGGCACUUGCCGGCGAUCUGGUCCCUCUCUGUAAAGGUUGGCUGAGGGUCAGCACCGGGAAGGUCCACACCAAGGAUCCGAAACAUAGGCCAUGGGUGCCGCACCGGGAAUACCUGUCGACGGACGUCCUCCUAGUGCGGGCGGGCGAGAUAUACGGCGCCGACGUGGAACUAUGGCCUACGAAUGCGGUGGUCGACCAAAGGGGGUGGAUCGUGUUUGAAGUCAGCAGUGGCGAUACCCAAGGAUGCUGGAUCAUCCAACACGUUUCCGACAUUGACCGGUAAGUUAUUACACUCUUCCUUCCAUUCACUCAUCGAAUUCUCGCCCUGGCUUGAGCUCUGACUCGUUGUAUGCCAUCUUCGAAAUUCGCUGGUGUAAAUCAUGUCCACUUUGGGGGGGAUAUGGAGAACUUUG